GCACCUUGUCCCCCUUUUGGAAUAUCUCGCUGUGGGUGGCGCUGGGGGUGUUCACCUCAUUACUUGCCUUCUUACCCAAGCCGCUGGGCAUCCUGUUCCUCCUCGUCUCCCUCAUCCUACGGGCCAUCUACACUAUGGGCCUCGCCCCUGCUCUGUUGCUGCUGGGUGCUGUCAAUCUGUUCAACAAGUUGGUCUUUCUUGUAAGUUUUGUGGGGAACCAGGGGACAUUCACCCGAGGCUACAAAGCAGUUGUUAUGGACAUGCUCUUCAUCUACCAUUUGGGCUACGCCAUCAUCUGCGUCCUGGGUCUCUUUGUGCACGAGUUCUUCUACAGCUUUUUGUUGUUUGACCUGGUGAUCCGAGAGGAGACUCUGCUCAACGUGAUAAAGAGUGUGACCAGGAAUGGCCGCUCUAUUAUUCUGACAGCUGUUCUGGCCAUCUUCCUCGUCUACUUCUUCUCUAUCAUCGGCUUCCUCUUCCUUAAGGAUGACUUCCGCAUGGAGGUCGACCGUCUUCCUACACCAGGAAAAGGGGAUCAAUUGAGUAACAAUGAAGUUGCUGGCUCAUGUACAAAAGAUAGCUGCCCACUUUCAACACCUCAACCUGGUCCUGACGAUGGAACGGAGCGGGUGUGCGACACUCUGCUCAUGUGUAUAAUCACAGUUUUGAACCAGGGACUACGUAAUGGAGGAGGCGUGGGAGACAUCCUCCGGAGACCCUCCAAAGAGGAGCCUCUGUUUGCGGCCCGGGUGGUUUACGACCUUCUGUUCUUCUUCAUCGUUAUCAUCAUCGUUCUUAACCUCAUCUUUGGUGUUAUCAUCGACACCUUCGCUGACUUGAGAAGUGAAAAACAGAGGAAGGAGGAGAUCCUGAAAACCACCUGUUUCAUCUGUGGGUUGGAGAGAGACAAAUUUGAUAACAAGACGGUGUCCUUUGAGGAGCACAUUAAAUCCGAACACAACAUGUGGCACUACCUUUACUUCCUGGUUCUGGUGAGGGUGAAGGAUCCGACCGAGUACACCGGCCCUGAGAGCUACGUGGCCCAGAUGAUAGCGGUCAGUAAACAAAACAAACAUGCAUUGCACAAACAGGAAAUUGUAACACACACAUCUUUUAUUCCUCCUAAAAAUGUGUUCCCACAAAGCUGCCUGACCAUUAAAGCAGUUGAUUUGUUUGCAAGU